AUGCUGGGUGGAGCCAGGCUAGCUGCUGCACAGGCUAGCUGGGUGGUUGGGUGACUGGGUGGCUAAGGGACUCUCAACACUUCUGGAGAAGCAAAGAGACUGACAUGGAGCAUGGAAAGGGUCUGGUUGGCCUCUUCCUGGUGAUCUCUCUUCUUCAAGGCACUGUGGCCAAGACAAAUCAAGCAAAUCAUUUGAUAAAAGUGGACGACAACCGAGGAGAUGGCUCUGUCCUUCUGACUUGUGGCUUGAAUGACAAGUCUAUCAUGUGGCUGAAAGACGGGAGCAGAAUAAGUCCCCCAAAUGUAACUAAAAACACGUGGAAUCUGGGAAACAAAGCCAAAGACCCUCGAGGCACGUAUCAGUGCCAAGGAGCAAAGAAGACAUCAGAGCCCCUGCAAGUGUAUUACAGAAUGUGUGAGAACUGCGUUCAGCUAAAUAUAGGCACCAUAUUCGGCUUUUUCUUCGCUGAAAUCAUCAGUGUUUUCUUCCUUGCUGUUGGUGUAUACUUCAUUGCUGGGCAGGAUGGAGUUCGCCAGUCAAGAGCUUCAGACAAGCAGACUCUGUUGCAAAAUGAACAGCUCUACCAGCCCCUCAAGGACCGGGAAUACGACCAGUACAGCCAUCUCCAAGGAAACCAACUGAGGAAGAAGUGAACUCAGCAGGACUUGGAGUGUUCCCCCUUCUAUCCAGCACCCAGAAUCAAAGCAAUGCAUUUUGGAGAGAGCCCAGUAGAAAGAUUGUCAACCCUAUGGUUAGACUUAACAUCCACAGAGAUGGCAAGCAGAGAGGAAGAACUGUCAGAGAAACUUUGGUCUUUUUUUUUUUUUUUUUUUUUUUUUCAAAUUAAAAUGAAAGCUUGGGAAAGCCA